AUGUCGUCACGUCCGCGGCGGUCGGCCGCUGCAAAGGCCAAAGAAGUGAUUUCUGUCCACGCCAGAUGGGCUGACAGCGAAAAAGAAGACUCAGGUACCAACAUGUCAUCAUCACGAAGGACGGGACGCGCUGGUGGCGCGGCGGCCUCGCGCGAUACCGCCUCCUCGCCAGAAGAGACGCAUCUCAGCGUCACCGUCAAGCUCCCAAACAGCAAAUCACGGCAAGCUGCCAGGGGAGGCAAUCGCCGCAUCGACCCGUUUGAAGGUGGCGAAAUCGUGACCGGGAAGCGCAAUCGCGGCGGCAAGAAGAGCUAUGUGAUAGACUCGAGUCCCGACGACGAGGAAGAGGAAGAGGAGGAAGAGGUGGUGGUGGAGGAUGAUGAGGACGACGACGAUGAAGAUGAAGAAGAUGAAGAAGACGAGGAGGAAGAGGUUAUUACAAGGGCACAGGACGAUGACGAAAUGGACGAGGAUGCUGAAGGCGAGGAAGAGAUGGAAGUUGAUGCCGAGGGCGAAGAAGACGCAGAUGGCGACAUCGACAUGACCCCGAAUGACGUUUCGCGUCCCUCAGCAAAGAACUCAAGAGCUACCAAGCCGAGGCCCACGGUCAAGGUCACCUCAUCCAGGGUCAAUCGGGACGAAGAGGAAGACGAGGAAGAAGAGGAAGAAGAUGAUGAUGACGAGCUCAGCGACCCCGCAGACAGCGACAUUGGUGACGAUACCAUUGUCUACGGGGAUCAGACCAUGGCGGAUGAAGACGCCGAAGGAGAGGAAAUAGAGGUUGCCGGCGAGGAGGAGGACGUUGAGGAAGACGAUGAGAUGGCCAUGCAGCAAGGGGCAAACGGCGAUUCAGACCUCGACAGCGAAGAAGGCAGCCGAGCCGAAACCCCGGAUCUUGCCAAGAUGACCAAGAGGCAGAGGGCGCGCUUCGAGGAUAUCCCCCAAGAGUUCAUGAAGCUGCCUGAUGAGAUCCAAGUGAAGAAGGUGUUUACCGCCGAGGAACUGUCCAUGCGGCGCCAGGAGAUGGCCAGAAGGCGUCGCAAUCUCAGCGAGAAGCGUAACGAGGAAGUCAAAAUGGAGACCAUCAACAAGCUCCUUAAGAAGCAAGCCCCAAAGAUCAAUCGCAAAGCCGUUGCCGAAACGUCGGAGGCGGACUUGCAGAAGGCCAACCCCGUCUUUAUUCGCUGGGUUAGCAACAAGAAUGGUAACCUCGUUGCCGUGCCUGACGAGGUCAUGGAUGGCCCCGCUGGUGUCCUGUUUGGAGAGAAGAGUGAGAAGUCG